GGUAUUUAUGGUUAUUUUUGGUCCCCUAAUGCCUGUUUUUUCCCUUUUUGCAGUGCUCGGAUGCGGGGGCAGGGCGAGGGCCGCUCAGCCCCCCCGGACCCCCGUGCUGAGCCCAUCGACAGCUCCGGGGGUCCGGUGCUGCCCCUCCCCUCGGGGGGGGCUCUGUCAGCUCGGGGGCUCCCCCCCGGCCCCGCCCGGGACCUGCUGGAGAAAGCUCUGCUGGGCCAGGAGGCCGAGAGGAGGAAGAAGCUGCGGUUCCACCCUCGGCAGCUCUACCUGAGCGUGAAGCAGGGAGAGCUGGGCAGAGUCAUCCUGAUGCUGUUGGACAACCUGGACCCCAAUUUCCAGAGCGACGCCCAAAGCAAACGCUCGGCGCUGCACGCGGCAGCUCAGAAGGGACACCUGGAGAUCUGUCACCUCCUGCUGCAGGUGGGGACAUUGGGGACAAUCCCAGUGACACCUGGGGACAAUCCCAGUACAUCCCAGUAUAGACCAGUAUAACCCAGUACAGCCCAAAGCAAACGCUCGGCGCUGCACGCGGCGGCUCAGAAGGGACACCUGGAGAUCUGUCACCUCCUGCUGCAGGCCGGAGCUAACAUUAAUGCCGUGGACAAGCAGCGCCGGACGCCGCUGAUGGACGCCGUUGCCCACGAUCAGCUCGAGGCCGCGCGGUUCCUGCUGCAGCGCGGGGGCUGCGUCUACAGCAAGGUGACGUC